AUGGUUGUAAAUGGGAAACACUCCAGUAGAGAAGAUUGUGGAAAAUAACACACUCUACUGGUUGUUUAUUCGGCGUGUGACAUCAGUCUGUGUGUAUGCGAAACAUGGGCGGUCCGUCGAGGAUGCCUACUUUAGGAGCAGGCCCUGCCCCUGGUGACCACAGAAAGCUGGACAACACAAAGAAGAUCAGCUGCUAAUAGAUGCUGCAGGGAAAAAAGUGCCACGAUAGAGAAGUUUCCAGUAACAAGGAGACACGCCGUCAGAAUUUAAGAAACGCCGCACUGCUGGAACACAUAAGAACAUCUGCUUUCUCCUCUUCCUGCUCACUGUGAGAUCAGCGGCAAAAGAGGAAAGGUCCAGGACACUAAGCCAAAAAGGAGCCACACCUCUUCAUCCUUCCUCCUCUGCUCCUCAGCACUCCCCUCCGAUCGUCUCCUGUUCUCUCCGUCCCAUCUGAGAUCCCACCAUGGACCGCUCAGCGAAGGAGCUGUUCCUCAACUUCAUGAUCGUCUUAAUCACCGUGCUGCUGAUGUGGCUGCUGGUGAAAACAUACCAGGACUGAACCAUGGAGCAACAACAGAAAAGAGAUGAACGAGAGGCCGAGGAGACGGAGAGAUAUGCGUGGAGGGAAGGCAGCAUGGUUGCUACAGGACUUUGUUGCUGAUUGAUUCGUGUUCAGACACAGCGUUUACAUCUUUUCAUUCUUUUACUGUGUGGUUACUGGUCUGAUCCAGAGCUCUAGUAUUCUUCUGAGGUCAAAAAAACAUGUGAUUGCCACAGCCGGGUGAGCAUGCUGUCAAUGACGAAUGAGUCCGUAUUUGUAUUCUGAGAUGUUUUUUGAACGUGGCCUUGAAUUUCUGGCAAGAGCUAUAGGGGAACUCACAGUAGAGAUGGGAGGGUGAAUAAAAUAAAUGAACUUGAGGCUCUACUUCUUCACUGUGGAAACCUUUAAGGUGUGGGCUAGAAAACAAUGUAAUGUCGCUAUAAACAGUAGCCCAAGUCAUCCAUGCUGUUGUGUCUAUUGUUCUGUUUUGUAGUGAUGAAUGUGUCAAACGCAGAUACUAGAAGAAGACAUCAACACAUAUAAUGAAGCAUUAUGUUUAUGUUCACUUCUUGCCAUUAAACAGUCUUUCCUUUGUUGUGA